AUGCGGGCAGUAAGACAUAAGUCUGCCAUCAGAAAAAGUCCCUCGAGUCUACAAUCCGUGCGGAGCCAAAAGCUUUACCAUCCGGGCAGGGUUACUCAGGCCUGCAAUCAGAACGAGUCCCUCGAGUCUACAAUCCGUACGGAGCCAAAAGCUUUCCCAUCCAAGCAGGGAUACUCAGGUCUGAAUCAGAACGGGUCCUUCGUGUCUACAGUCCGUGCGGAUCCAAAAGCUUUACCGUCCGAGCAGGGUUACUCAGGUCUACAAUCAGAACGAGUCCUUCGAUUCUACAAUCCGUGCGGAGCCAAAAGCUUUACCAUCCGAGCAGUAAUACACAGGUCUGCAAUCAGAACGAGUCCUUCGAGUCUACAAUCCGUGCGGAGCCAAAAGCUUUGCCAUCCGAGCAGGGAUACUCAGUGCCGACAGAUUUAUCAUCCGAACAGGAGCCCUAAGGUCUGCAUUCUGAUCGGGUCCCUUGGGUCUGCAAUCCGUACGUCGGCGUCUGGUUUACCAUACGAUCAGAGACCCUCCGUUCUGCCAUCCGGACGUGUCACUCGGGUCUACAAUCGGCGUGGUGCUGGAAGGUUCCACCGCCGAGCAGGAAUUCUCAGGUCCGAAAUCCGAACGGGUCCCUCGGAUAUACACACCGUGCGUGAUCUCACUUUUCGUUUUUCUUUACUCUCUCUCUCUCUUUCUCUCUCUCUUUCUUUUCCUAAUUUCUCUCUUUUCUUAAUCUCUCUCUUUCUUUUCUUAAUCCCUCUCUCUCUCUCUUUAUUUUCUUAA